AUGGGCCGCAAGCUCGGUCUAUUUCGAGCGGCCUACCUGGUCUCCGCGAGCUGUAUGGGUUCUUUUGCAUUCGCAUUUGAUACCGGAAUCAUCAGUGGAGUUCUUGCCCUGACUUCAUUCGAAGAAGACUUCAGAUAUAGCCAUUAUUCGAAGACAGCCAAAACAAAUGUCAACUCAAAUGCCGUCUCGAUCUUGCAGGGUGGCGCAUUCUUUGGGUGCUUCCUUAUUUCCCCCAUUGCCUCAUACUUCGGUCGCCGCUCGGGUCUUAUCCUCAGUUCCCUUAUAUUUACCCUAGGUACAAUCUUGCAGGUCAUAAACAGUCAUUCGCUUGGAACUUUCUAUGCUGGCCGAGUCGUCGCUGGACUGGGUAUUGGCUCAGCAACUGUUCUUAUUCCAAUGUACUCCGCAGAAAUGUCGCCAAAAGAGUUUCGUGGUCGUCUGGGAGCUUGCUUCCAACUUUUCUUUGCACUUGGCGUCAUGAUUGCUUACUGGGUCACAUAUGCGGUAAGUAAGGAUCAGGCUUCAGGUACUGGACAGUGGCAAACAGCCCUCGGCCUCCAGCUUCUAGGGUCCACAUUUUUGCUUGUUGGGAUGUGUACCGUGAAAGAAAGCGCACGUUGGCUAGCUUCCAAGGGCAAAGUAGAAAAGGCACGGGAGUCCUUGAAAUGGGUACGUGGAGGCGAAGAGACGGAAGAGCUUCAACAAGAGUUCCAAGAGAUUUUGGCUGGUAUCGAGGAGGAGACUCGCGUCAAGGAAAACCUGACAAUCAAGGAGCUUUUUAUUCCUGCCAACAGAUAUCGACUUUUCAUCGCGAUUACAAUUCAGCUCUCGGCCCAACUGACUGGUAAUACAUCUCUGGCCUACUAUGCCACACAGAUCUUUGGGGCUGUCGGGGCUGGUAGUUCUGCGAAGCUCGUCACGGGAUUCUUUGGCCUUGUCAAAGUUGUCGGUGUUCUUACAUUCCAAACAUUUAUUUUAGAUCGCAUUGGUCGCAAAGUUCCCUUCAUGGUUGGAGCAUUCGCCAUGGGAUCCUUCAUGCUUAUCAUAGCAUGCAUCUUAGCGACACACCCAGCCAACUCCAAUAGUACUUCUUCCGGCCCUACGUCUGCUGGAAUCGCGUGUAUUAUCAUGACAUAUGCUGAGGCCUUCAGCUACAACAUGUCCUGGGGACCAUUGCCAUGGUUAUAUGUCGGAGAGAUUUUCUCGAGCCGUACACGUGAGGUUGGUGUAAUGGUUGGGGCGGCGUCGCAAUGGUUAUUCAAUUUCAUGAUGUCGCAAGUGACCCCUCAUGCUAUCACAAAUAUCAAGUGGCGAAUGUUUUUGAUGUUUGCUAUUUUCAACUAUGCUAUCGUGGGAUAUUCCUGGCUGGUGCUCAAGGAAACUUCGAAACACUCACUGGAGGAGAUGCAAGAGGUAUUUGGCGGCAAGAAAACAUUUGAAAAGCACAUGGACGACGAGGAACAUGUGGAACAUGUUGCAACAGACGACAAUAAGGAAACGGUGUCUUCUACGCAGAACGCCACGAGGAAGGACUGA